UACAAGAGUCCAAUAAAGUGAGUAUAAGCUUGUACCACAGCAUUCUGCCAACACACACUUCCAACUGAGACUGAAGUCCUUUUAAAGACUCAACAAUGGAGAGGAUUUUUAUUCUUGUGGCUGGAAUUGUGCUCCUUCUCCAAACUGUCAUUGUCAAGCCUGAGAAACAGCAAGCAGAGGGUGGAAUUCCUCACAAUAAGCCACUGAAUGAACCAGAGGAAGAUCGAGACAUGAUCUAUCACAGCCUGCCAGAUAACCUUCAUCACAAUCUCCAGCCAGAGAUGGUUGUGUUACAUCAGACACCAAUGAACGAGCCAGAAGAAGAUCGAGAUAUGAUUCAUCAUGGUGAUUCAAAUAUUCUUCAACAGGAGUUGCAGGCAGAAAGGGAGCAGGAGACAGUAUUAAUUGAACCAGCAGAAGGUUAUAACGACGCUGCAAUUACUGGACAUGAACAUCAUGUCAAGAUGGUUUUGCCAUAUGAGCCAUUAAAUGAGCCCGAGGAAGAUCGAGAUACAAUGUAUCAUAGCCUGCCCGAUGAUCUUUAUCACAACCUCCAAACUGAGAUGGUCAUAUUACAUGAGACACCAAUGAAUGAGCCAGAAGAAGACCGAGAUAUGAUCCAUCAUGGGAUAUGAAAUCCGGACUGUCCUCCAAUACACUUAUAUAGAACAGGAGAUAGAAGAUUUGAUUCAUCACUGCAUUAAUUUAAAGCUACAGAAUUUUUCCAAAUGCAACUCUGAUUUAUGAAACAGGACUGAUGCAAUCAGAAGUUUCAAAAUACCAGAAUUCUAUAACUCAACAAUGAAAGUUAUUAAGAUCAAAACAGAAAUGAAAUGUCUUUGAGAAAUUAACUUUCCAAGCGCUAAUUUAAAAACAGAGCGGAGAAGUAAUUGCAGUCAUUUCACUGCAUCAGUGUUGGAACUAUUUUGACUCAUCACUUCUAAGUUAGAUCACAGGCAUCAAGAGUUAGCAGUCAAAAAUGAACAAGGCCCCAGAAAGGAUAAUCCUUCCACCAGAACUAAAAAAUAAAUCAAGUGAUGACAAUAUGUAAACCAUGACAUAAUGCAGUGAGAUAAUAAUGGGAUUUUUUUUCGAGUUACUAUAGCACUUGGGAAGUAAAUUGGGAAUUUCAUUUCCACUUCAAAAGGAGUUGGCUUCAUCUUUUCCGCAAAGUUAUACUGAUUCAUCAAGAACAGCUCCAUGCAAAUUCUCAGCAAAAUGCGUCUGAACAUAUCAAAGCUCUAUCAAAAAUCCCUCCACCUCAAAGUUUAAAAGAUAUUUAUCAAUCUUAAUGAAAUGAGUUGAAGGCCUUCCCGAAACAUCUGAGCAAGGAAAAACAGAUUUAAUAUUUUUAUCCCUCAAUGUUAAAAUUAAUGUGAUGAGUUUAAGAAACAAAUUAAAUUUUCAGAAGAACUAUUUACCACAUUAAAAACCAAAAGAAUUUCAGAUGCUGUAAAUCAGAAAUAUAAUUAGAAGUCGUUGGAAAAGCUCAGCUGGUCAGGCAGCAUCUGUGAAGAAAAAAUCAGAGUUAACGUUUUGUUCAGAGAAAGGUUCACUGGACCUAAAACAUUAACUCUGAUUUUUUCUUCACAGAUGCUGCCAGACCUGCUGAGCUUUUCCAGUAACUUAGAGGGCAGCACAGAAGCAUAGUGGUUAGCAGUGCUGCCUCACAGCACCGUGGACCCAAGUUCAAUUCCAGCCUCAGGCAACUGUCUGUGUGGAGUUUCUCCCCAUCUCUUGCAUGGGUUUCCUUCCACAGUCCAAAGAUGUGCAGGUUAGGUGGAUUUGCCAUGCUAAAUUGCCCAUAGUGUUCAGGAGGUGUAGGAUUAGGGGGAUGGGUCUGGGUGGGAUGCUCUGAGGUUCAGCAUGGACUUGCUGGGCUGAAAGGCCUGUUUCCACACUGUAGAGAUUCUCAUUCACUUCUGUUUUUGUGUCUACCACAUUAUAUUCCUGUUCUUCACUGCACAGCUGUAGGAGGUUAACAACCACAGUGAUUGAAGAUUGAAUUAAGUUUGAACGUUAAUUAAACAUCAAAAUAUCUUUA